UGUAAGACAUGGAUAGAUGCAAACAUGUAGGGCGCUUGCGGCUGGCCCAGGACCACUCCAUCCUGAACCCUCAGAAGUGGUGCUGUAGGGAGUGCACCACCACGGAGUCGGUGUGGGCUUGUCUCAAGUGCUCCCACGUGGCCUGUGGCCGCUACAUCGAGGACCACGCCCUUAAACACUUUGAAGAAACUGGACACCCACUUGCCAUGGAGGUCCGGGAUCUCUACGUAUUCUGUUACCUGUGCAAGGAUUACGUGCUCAAUGAUAACCCAGAGGGGGACCUGAAGCUGCUGAGAAGCUCCCUCCUGGCGGUCAGGGGCCAGAAGCAGGACCCGCCUGGGAGACGAGGCCGGUCACUGCGGUCCAUGGCCUGUGGUGAGGACACGUCCCCUCCACCGUGCACUCCUCAGGGACAGCCGCAGAUGCUCACGGCUCUGUGGUACCGGCGCCAGCGCCUGCUAGCCAAGACGCUCCGACUCUGGUUCGAGAAGAGUUCCCGUGGUCAGGCAAAACUGGAGCAGCAGCGGCGCGAGGAGGCACUGGAGCGCAAGAAGGAAGCGGCACGACAGCGGCGGCUCGAGGUCAAACGGCGGCUGCUGGAAGAGCUGGCCAGUGCCCCUCCACGCAAGAGCGCACGCCUUCUGCUGCACACACCCCGCGCCGCUGCCCCGCGCCCCGCCACCCCGCGCACGCCCACCACUGGCCGCCUUCCCCCGCGACGUACACCAGCUGUGGCUCCGGGCGUCACCGGCCUCCGCAACCUGGGCAACACCUGCUACAUGAACUCUAUCCUGCAGGUGCUCAGCCACCUCCAAAAGUUCCGAGAGUGUUUCCUGAACCUCGACCCUUCCAAAACAGAACAACUCUUUUCCAGAGCCACCAAUGGGAAGGCGUCCCUCUCGGGCAGGUUGGCCAGCAGCUCCACCAUGGAGCUGUCACCAAGGAGUGACAGGGCUGAGUAUUGCGAGCAGGACCGCCUCCGUUGGAAUGGUGGGGCCUCCAUCACCAGGAGUCUAGAACUCAUCCAGAACAAGGAGCCCAGCUCAAAGCACAUCUCCCUUUGCCACGAACUGCACACCCUGUUCCGAGUCAUGUGGUCCGGGAAGUGGGCCCUGGUGUCACCCUUCGCCAUGCUUCACUCCGUGUGGAGUCUGAUCCCCGCCUUCCGUGGCUACGACCAGCAGGACGCUCAGGAGUUUCUCUGCGAGCUGUUGCACAAAGUGCAGCAGGAACUCGAGUCUGAGGGCACGGCGCGCCGGAUCCUCAUCCCCUUCUCCCAGAGGAAGCUCACCAAACAGGUCUUAAAGGUGGUGAACACCAUAUUUCACGGGCAGCUACUCAGUCAGGUCACAUGUAUAUCAUGCAAUUACAAAUCCAACACCAUUGAGCCCUUUUGGGAUCUGUCCCUGGAAUUCCCUGAACGCUAUCACUGCAUAGAAAAGGGGUUUGUCCCUUCGGAUCAGACAGAGUGCCUGCUCACUGAGAUGCUGGCCAAGUUCACAGAGACAGAGGCCCUAGAAGGGAGAAUCUACGCCUGUGACCAGUGUAACAGCAAACGACGAAGAUCCAAUCCCAAACCCCUUGUUCUGAGUGAAGCUAGAAAGCAGUUAAUGAUCUACAGACUACCUCAGGUCCUCCGGCUGCACCUUAAAAGAUUCAGGUGGUCUGGCCGUAAUCAUCGAGAGAAGAUUGGGGUCCAUGUCGUCUUUGACCAGGUAUUAACCAUGGAACCUUACUGCUGCAGGGACAUGCUCUCCUCUCUUGACAAAGAGACCUUUGCCUAUGAUCUCUCCGCAGUGGUCAUGCAUCACGGGAAAGGGUUUGGCUCAGGACACUACACAGCCUAUUGCUACAACACAGAGGGAGGUUUUUGGGUCCACUGCAAUGACUCAAAGCUGAAUGUAUGCAGUGUCGAUGAAGUGUGCAAAACUCAAGCCUACAUCCUUUUUUACACUCAAAGAACAGUUCAGGGCAAUGCAAGGAUCUCAGAAACCCAACUCCAAGCUCAGGUGCAGCCCAGCAACAACAAUGAGGGCAGACCACGGACCUUCCCCUGAAUGGGAGGCACACAUCAAAAACCGGCUUGCUUUUAAACAAUUGGUGUCCACACAUCUUUCCUCUUAUAGGAAGUAAGGUUUACUGCAGGAACAGGUUCCUAGGUUCGCCUCCCUGAGUCUAGAGCUGAAGGUGCCAGGUGACUCAUGUACUAUCGUAAAAUCUGUAGUCACUUUCUUUUGAAUGGAUUUGGAAAUUCCCUCCUUUGAUAAAACAAAUCAAAAAGGAGUAACGUGAAUGAAGAUUCUUUCCUCAAUUAUUUCUGAAUAUAGAGGGAGCUGGGUAGAGCAAAGAGGGAGGAAAUCGAUCCUAUCCAGCCAGGAGAGGAGCCAUGUUUUCUCUCCAGUAUGUGACCUUUCUGCUAAUCAGGACCUCCGUGCGGCACCAGAAGAACCCUCCUGAUGUGAGUAGCCCUGGAUGAAGCACGUGAGGAGGGCCCCAGGCUGGCAGCUUGCUGGAUGGAAUUGGUUCCAAGGCAGCAGGUGAAGUCUAAGGAAUUGUUCCUACAAAGGAAGUAACCUUCAAGGGUUGAAAACUUGCAGACUGACCUUUUGGGGGGAUAGCAGUUAAAGAUUGGAGUGAGAUCAUGGAGCAAACUUCCCCACACCAAAUGGGAGGUUUUUUCCAUCUCAUGCCCUCCCUGGAUGCUGCUCAUUUAAUCAUGCCACAUCUUCCGAGACUGACACGACCAUCCCUUCAUUCUAAAGGAGCAGUUCAUACGGGGAUCAGUAAACUGGCACACGGCGUGUUCUUUGUUGCUUACUGAGCCUAAGGGCACUCUGGCUACCCAAUUCUGUGGCAAAUCCUGGGUCAGGUCAGGGUCUAAGGUUUGGUUUAAACUAGUGUUUAAGUCAGUUGUCUAAGGCUUUCUCAGAACUCAUUUGAGGGUGGGCGGGAAUAGCUGGUGGCCCAGGGCUGCUCUGAAUGCCUGUCACCGGUUCUUACUGGUGCAACAUGCAGCUUUCUUAGCUCAAAGCUUCUUUCUUGCUACUGGAAGGUUAGAACAUUAUUGUUCACCACAAGGUUUGGGAGUUUUUGCUUUCCUGGGACUUAGGAAACCUGUCUCCUGUGUCUGAGCAGUUAACUGCCGACGGCUCUGACCUGUUUCCUCCCAAUCUGAUGACCCCUCUCGUUUCUUCACUGAGCCACAGUGAGUCCACCAGAGAAAGCAAGAGUGCCCCGUCUCGUACUCCAGUGCUAGUAAAAUAGGUCUUUCUUUCUAAACUGGGUCAGUUCCUAAGUGAAAUGAAAUUGCCCAGGUGGAAACCUUGCUCCCCAUCAGGCACCAAUGAAUUUCCCAUCUCAGUCCUUCACUUUGACUCGCCGGUACAAGUGAAUACAAACUGUAACUCUUGUUGUACAGUUGCUGCAACCUGCCUCAGCCUGUCAUAUGAAUGCUCAUCUUUUGACUGAGUAUAUCAUAUUCAUAUUUCAAUUCAGGUAGAAGUACAGUUGUCACUUGAAGGGAACAGAUGUGGAAGUAAGUUUGGGGAGGAGUCGGAAAUUGGGAAAAGAGGAUAAUGAAUAAGGGUCAUAGCUUUAGCACUGUUGAUGAGCCACAUUCUGGAGCAGAUGUGUAGCAUUUGUUUUUGACCUCUUUUGAGAUAAACUCUCCCACAGGAUCAGCCAGACAGCACUGAGACAUAGAGGAAAUUCAGACAGAAAAUGGCUUACCCUGAUAAGGAAGGGGGGAGUGACUAUAUUUUAAACUUGCUUUUUCCAACACUGUGAGGUUUCUGUAAUAUUUAGCUUUUAUUUGGAAGCGAUAGCGUAUAGCAUUUUUUAUGCUAUUUGGUUUAUAUUGUCUACUGCAGGCUUCUUUGUCUAAGCUUGGCCUGGGCUCGCCCUCUCCUGGACACUGUUUAAAGUGCCACAGCACCCACGCCACCAGGGGCUCUGACGGGAAACUACACUCUCUAGAUCCACACUUUUAAGCCGGCGUGGGCGAUGAUGACUUUUUGUGACAACAGAAAAGGACAUUAACAAAACAAAACAAAACAAAACAAAACAAAAAAACACCCAGGAGAGUAAAAAGGAAAGCAAAAUGUAAGCUGUGCCUCAUUUUUCACUGAAUGCAAUAUUAUUCCAGAAAAGGAGAACUGCGGAUGGAGAACCAGUAGAGCAUCUACUUCAUCCUUCAGACUGUCCAGGAGAAAUAUUUGAGAAAAAUGAACAUUUAAUGAAAAAUUAAAUGACCUUCAAAUUUAAUUGUUAAAAAUAGUUUUAUACCAAAUAUUAUAAGGACAUUAAGCAGAUUAAAACUUUAGCUAAAUUAAGCACUUGUUUUACAAACACCCCUGUAUCAAAUUAAUAAAAUGGUUUAAAAUGAGUUGGAAUAGAAACCAACACCAGAGUCCUCACUGAGCUGCGUGCUCCCGAAGGCGGCCCCGCAAUCACAGACCCUCAGGUACCCAGAGGCGGCAGCAGCACCAGGCCCUGUUGAGAUGUUCGUAUUUAUGGUUUUUUAUUAAAGAAGAGAUCCCUGCUACAUAAGUCAAUGGCUGUUGUGAGGGAAACGUCCCUUUGCCUUUAAUUUAUUUACAUUUUGGAAGUAGAUGAAUUUCUUAGCUGCAUCUUACAACACUUUAAAUUGAAACAUUUUAAAGAAAAGAAGAGCCAGGUAGAAGUUAACUAGAUGCUGCCAAACCAAACCCAAGAUCUCCUGACUGAACCUUACAGACCCGCUUCUCUCCCGGACCCUAGUUAGCAUCCCGUUCCAGGAACCCUCAGCAGUUGGCUGGUGUGUUUACUUUCCACUGUAGCCAGCCAAGAUGAAUAAUGCACCCUGGCCCUCAAAAAGGAUUUUUACCUCAGUCUAGCUUGACCUUCCUACUUGUGGUUGCCUCGGAGAUGAGCAUCCAUGCUAGCGCAAAAGAGAUUAGGAAUGCCCUCAACAGCCAGAAACUGAAGCUCUUAUUAAAUAGUGGACAGAGCUCUUGCCAGCUUUGAUCCAGCCCCUCUCAGGCUUGGGGGGUGGUGCCACACUGUAAAGAAUUUCCAGAUGUCUCUUUAAAUGUCAUGAAUAAAAUUGGAAACUAUAGAAGUGUUAAUGUGUCCUAUGGACUCAAUAGCAGAGUUUAUUUUUGUUUUUAAUGAUAAGGCUUCUAGAGUCAAUGAUUGUAUGAGUUCCCUUCUCUUCCUAUGCUUACAGUUCCAUCCAAGUGCAAGAACUAAGGGAGUGGGUUGGCUGGCAGUGGGGAUGUGGCCCUAGCCAGCCCCCAGCCUAAGCCUAAGAGGUCAACAGUAGUGCAGAAAUGAAAACUUGGUUGGGUGUGGGGGGUGGGAUGUGGGUGGGUAGGCAGGGAAGGAGAGAUGGAGUUUGUUCUACUUAUUGAUAAAGCUUUGUGAUCUAAUUUUAUACAAUUCAUAAAAUUUGGUGCCUUGUACCCAAUUACGGUUUGCAUGGAAUUGAACAGAUUAUAGGAUUCCUUCUUGUCAUUUCAAGUGGCAAACUGGUUUGUAUAGUGUAAAGGACACUUGGUAUCAGAUUUUUAAAAAGCAUUUCAUAUCUCUUAUGUGAAAGCAAAUUACUCUUACUAGCAAGGUCUGAAAUUUUCUGUAAUGUCCAAAAUCUGUAUUUGUGAUUAUUCAUGAAAUGUCUGCUUCUCAAGGCAGACUUUGUACCCCACUCUUUUUAACCACCCUUUUUAUGUUUAAAACGUUAGCUCAAUCGAGCCUUUUCAAAUCAAGCUGGGAGGGCCACCUUUCUUAACCAUAUACUACACUCCAAUCUGGGGGUGUAUCUUAUGAGCAGAAGGGCUGCUUUUCCAGCUGGUUGGGAGAGCACAAACAUUCAAAAAAGGCUUUUUCAUUUUUCUAAUGCUGGGCAAAUUAUGGUAGAUGUCAAACAAAAAUGGUUCCCCCUGAAGUGCUACCUUCAUUAGUUCUGAAGUUCUUUUGCAGGAAAUUUCAGAAGGCAGUGUAGAACACAAUCCCUUAUCUGUGAGCCUUUAAUUUAGAUGAUAAAGCAAGCCAGUGCACUGUGUAACAUGCAGAAGAGAAGGCUCAAAGAACCUGCCCACCCCUUUCACCCUGCAGAUGCCGACUGGGAUGGUGCCGAGUAGCUGUGGAAGGUUAAGACCCAGUCUGCUCACCUGCAGGGCUGUUCACAGCAUGUCCUUUUACUCCAACCUCACACUUUCCACUGGGUCAUGAGAUUUCACCAAAGGGUGUUUGAGAAGCUCACCACUCAAAGCACAUUUAAUAACGGGGUCCCUCAGCCCAGCACUGGUUUAGUUAGGUGAGGAGUUUCUCUCUUUGGAGUAAAACCUUCCAUGGCCACUUAGUUUUUUUACUGGGUAUGCAUCUCUGUGGUGGCUCAGAUUCUUUUAAGUUAGCACUACAGCUGAAAGCGCCUUCUAAAUGUGACUGUGAGUUUAGUUUUUAUCUUCCGCAUUUAAAUUAUCCACAUUCUCUUGAUCUAUGGCUUUGACUUGAAAUACUGUGUACUCAUUCAACCCAUCAAUUACCCUAAGUAUACUAUACAUACUAUAGCAUUGAGGUGAACAGUCAUUUUUGUGGAUUCUUCCCAUACUUAUUCUUUUGGCAUGUUUUCAUUUAAAAUCUAAGUAGUGUAAGAGAUUUUCAUAGUACUGUGUUAAUUAGGACUGAAAACUGACAGGAUGUAAAACUGAGUUCCCUUGGGAAAAAUGUUAUGUGUUGGAUGGUGAAAGCCAGCACUUUGAUUUAUAGAAUGAUGACUCACUGUUAUUUUUUAAAUUGUAGAUUUGGUAGCUUUAUUUGCUAGUCUUACCACUUGGAGGAAUUAAGCCAAUUCAAGUGAAAUUUUACCUUACCAGCAUAUGGCUUUACAAUCCAACAGUGAACACAUUACUUGAAGCUAAAACAUUUUAAAAAUUUUUUUAAGUUACCUAAUAUAUUAAAUUUUGAAUGAAAUUUCAAUAAUGAUUUUGAAAGAUACCAUGUCUUAAUUGUUGCUGGGUUUUGAUUUUUAACUUUGAAAGUUUUUAUGAAAUAGGACUACUCACAAUUAAGGGAUCUGGUAGCAGACUUCAAGGAUGUAAGUGUGUUAUAAAGAACAGGAGGUGCUCAUGUUUGCCUUAGUGUCUGAUGCAGGCGGAAGGGGCACAGAUCUGUGCUGUGGCUUGAAAGUGUCCUUCCUGAUCACCAUUUGGAAGUUGAUGGCUUCAAACCUAAGCCUUGCUCUCACGUAUGUAACCCUUCCCAAUCUUAACACCAAGACAUAAAUCUAUCGAAUCAUCUGUGCUCCCACUCUAGAUGCUUAAAGGGUCUUGGUUUCAGCCACAGCCCUGAAUUCACUGGCUCAAACUUCUUCCUCCUAACAGAUGGGGGGACCUACCUGAUUAAUACAAGAGAAUGGUGCUUUUUAAAAGAAAACAUAUUUAAAAUCUAGUUCUCAAACAGCUUUCUUACUGAGGCUUAUGCCAGCAGAGUCAAGAGGAACUAUUUUGUCCUAUUUAUCUUUAGGGAAGAGACUGCUAGAGACAUCUGUCAACUGUGACAAUUAGGCCACUAUGGUACGUUUAUACUGACCCUCCUUUCCAAUUCAUGUCCCUUAAACCCAUACCAGUUCCAUGAGAGACUUGGCACAGAAAAGCAGUAUUUUUUAAAAUGCCUACUAGAGUAAAUGAACUGAAAAGAGUUGCCAAAGGCAACCUGUCUCUAUUUCCACAUCUCUCUUACAUGAGUGUUUCCAGGCCAGUGCACUACAUAUUCCAUUCCCAAAGAACCUCCAACUCCUGGACAGUGGCACUACCAUGAAUUUCAGGGUCAGAAAAUAUUUCCUUGUGAAGGAAGCAGUUUUCUCAGGCAGACAGUUGCUCAUUUUUGUGCCCAUCACCCAGGCUCACUUAACACCUUGCCUCCCACCUGCUCAUCAUCACUGUCCUCCUAUCAUUCUGUUACAGCAACAAUGCCUCCCUGGUGCCUGGCAAACCUGCCUGGCACACUCACAUGCUAUGCAACACCAAAUGGCUUCUUCCCCUAGUAAGCUCAAAAAUGGAUAUUCCUCAAUAAGGUUCAUCCUAUGUUAACAUCAAUGUAUGGUGGCUACAGUUUCCAUUGCUUUUUUUCCGUUUAAUAUGAAGCAAACCACCUCUGUCACAAUCCAUGUUUGGGGCUUGUUCCUGUCUCUUUUGAGUGUGAAAUAUAAAUCAUGUUUUUAUGAUUUUUGUAAAUCCAACUUUUUACACCUUGUUUUUGUAAGCUGAAGUUUCUUAU